AUGUCAGUAUAUCUCAACGCGCUCGACCCAUCCUCGGCCCCGCGAGUCACCGCUUUCGCUUCGACGGGCGCUACCAAGUUCUUUCUCCCGCUGUUAGUUUGGCAUCGUUCCCUCUGGACCGACAUACCUGCAAUGUGGAGCAAAGCUAAAGCCGAUGCCGUAGCAGCCUGCACAGCCAACGAAGCGACUAGCGCGUCGAUCAAAACGCUCGUCACCACUGUCGACGGGUUUAGUUCCUCUGUCAAAGAUCUCACCAAGGCCAUUGAGGGCUUGACAGCACAGACCGCGCUAGCUGUUGGCGAGAUGAAAUCCACCAACGCGUUCAUCUCCAACACUGUUGAUGCCGUCCAUACCAUCCAGCAGGACAACAAGGAAAUCGCCCAGCUCACUCUGCUUAGCAGCAACACCGUCUCUCUUCUCCGCCGGCAGGUCCAUGCCAUUAUGGAGGAACACCUCCGUGUUCACGUCACACUCCAUAGUCAAUACCAGGUUUUCGAUGCGUCGGGUGGCCUACCGUUCAGCUUUGUGUUCGGGCUAUGUCAACAUUCCUCAGCGGACUCAGAUCCAAUGCCCUUGACACUUAACACAAGGAAUUCCGUAUUCGAUGUGCCGUGGGCUCUCGCAAAUGGUCUGCUCGAGCUGUGCGAACGUAACGAUCAAGGAGGUGAAGACAUUCUCGACCUCAGCGACUUGGACACCAGCGACGCCGGAGAAGGAGAAACUGUCACACUGCCAUCCCCAUUGAGCCGUACAGACAACUGGCGCAACUCCUUCACGACAUUCCUGCACAAGAUCAAGCCCGGCAGCGAUCUUGCUUCACGACUUCAGAACGGCAGACCGUACACCAUGCGACUGAGGAGUCAAGACUGGGCGUCCAAUUUGCCAUCGCAAGACUUGUCACCCGCCAAACUCAUCAACCAGAAAUUGUCUGCCGGCAAAGCCACCUUCACCUCCGCACCAGCACUGACAUGGCCACCAAUAAUCGAGACACGUCUACGCCGCCAGCUGAGCGACGAUAACGACCACGUGUUAUUAGAGAUCUCGGCACUGAACACCAGCGAAGAGCCCGUCACAGUGCAAACCCACGGCCCCCAGCGCUUUCUCACUCCUAGCGACCCCUUCUUCCGCCCAGGACAAGAUGACAUCUCGGACCACCGAGCUCGACUCAUCGAUGUAGCAUCCGAGCGAGCCGCACCUUCAGCUGUACAGGUCAUCGAUCUAGCUAGUGGCAGCGUGGUCCGCGACAUCCCGCGGCCUACUUCAGCCUCAUUGACGCAGGGACAUGACAAGAGGCCUAAGCAGGAGAGUUUGGUGACACUGAUGCCUGGUGAGCCUGUGGUUAAAAACAUCAACGUGGCCAAUUUGCUCAACGGUCUGUCCGAUGGGAAAUAUGGCAUACGUCUGGUGCCGCGCGGUACGUGGUGGUGCACAGGAACCAUGGAGGACGCCAUUGAGGAGGAAGGGGACAGAGUCGUGGAAGAGAAGUUCCGCGCUGACAUUCCACCACUGAUGCUGCAAUCGGAGGACAUUGUUGAGGUGACAGUACGAGACGGUAAAGGCGCUGGUCAAGCUUCACUCGAUAUUGUCGCUCCAGGCGCUGCAAACGAUGACGAUGGCGUUGAUUGA